AUGUCCACCUCUAAGACCGGUAAGCACGGUCACGCCAAGGUCCACUUGGUUGCCAUUGAUAUUUUCACUGGUAAGAAGUUAGAAGAUUUAUCUCCAUCUACCCACAAUAUGGAAGUCCCAAAUGUUGGUAGACGUGAAUUCCAAUUAUUAGACAUCGAUGAUGGUUUCUUAUCCUUGAUGACUAACGAUGGUGACACCAAGGAUGAUGUUAAGGUUCCAGAAGGUGAAUUAGGUGACAAGAUCCAAUCUGAAUUCGACGAAGGUAAGGACUUAUUAGUCACCAUUGUCUCUGCUAUGGGAGAAGAAGCCGCUAUUUCUUUCAAGGAAGCCCCAAAAUAA